AUGUCGACGUUUUACGACACGGAGCCGCAACCGACGGCGUCGCUCGUUCUGCACACGACCAGCGGCGAGAUCGCCAUCGAGCUGUUUGCCAAGCAGACGCCCUUGACAAGCCGCAACUUCUUGCAGCACUGUCUCGACGGCUACUACGACAACACCAUCUUCCACCGCCUCGUGCCCGGCUUCAUUGUCCAGGGCGGCGACCCGACCGGCACCGGCAAUGGCGGCGAGUCGAUUUUUGACGGUGGCGCGCUGUCGGGCGACCUGGACGUGUGGCCCAUGGACGAGCGCCGCGGCGCCAACGCAGGACCGCACGGCAUCGGCUUCAAGGAUGAGUUCCAUACGCGGCUCAAGUUCAACCGGCGCGGACUAUUGGGUAUGGCCAACGAAGGCAAGCCGGACACCAACGGUAGCCAGUUCUUCUUCACACUGGACAAGACGGACGAGCUCAACGGCAAGAACACAGUGUUUGGCCGCGUGGCAGGGCCGACAAUUUACAACCUCACAAAGAUCGGCCAAGGCGAUGUGCAGGAGGGCAGUGAGCGGCCGCUGUACCCAACACGGAUUACGCGGACGGAGAUCCUGACCAACCCGUUCUCGGACAUGCGCAAGACGGAGCGGGACGCACGACACAGCGCAGUAAGCGCGCCACGAGGAACGGACGAGAAGAAAAAGACAAAGCGCAAAAAGGGUGUCAACAAGAACCUCUUGAGCUUCGGGGACGACGUCGAGGAUGAUCUGGAAGGCGAUUCGGCGGCGUCGUCACGAGGGAAGAGCAAAAGGGCGAAGCUCGACAAGGACGACGAGGACGAGGCCGAGGACAAGGAUGCAAAGCUGGAACGCACAGAAAGCACACACCACCACAAGACAACAUUACCUUCACGAACGCUCUCUGGAAAAUCAUCUCCAGAGCGCUUAACAAAGUCUUCAAAGAGAGGCAAGGACAAGCACGUGUCCGACUCCGAAACCGACCCGGACUCUGCACCGCGGCGGAAACAACCAGAGAUGACGGCGCUGGAGAAGACGAAUGCCGAAAUUGCUGCUCUCAAGGCCUCGAUGCGGCGAACCGUUGCGGUGGAGCCAGAAAACACAAAGGAGGAUAAGAAAUCGGCCCUAGACAGUCUAAUCCCAUCAGAUGCGAGGCGCGGCAAGAAGUUUGACCGCAAAAAUGGAUUGUCGAGCCAUGACAAGAAGACGCUGCGCUCCCUGGACGAAUUCACCUCCAAGCUAGGACAGGAAGCAAACGGCAAGGCCGCAUUGCCUCCCCCAGAACAAUCGGCGACAGCAGGACCAGACGUGGGCGAGGGCGAGGGUGACGGCACGGUGUGUGACCUGCACUUUAUUGCCAACUGCCAGAGCUGUCGGCCCUGGGAUAAGAACGGCGAGGACGGCCAGGUUAGUGAUAGCGACGGCGAGGACUGGAUGUCCCACACGCUCAACUGCGCGGCCGACAAGCUGGGCAAGGACCUGAGCUACCGAAAGAAGGCCGAGGAGGAGCUGAUUGUGAUCGACCCGCGCGAGAAGGCGCACGCGCUCAAAGAGGAGAGGAGCAGCUCGCGGCGGGACAGCGGUCGUGCCGGGGGCCAUCGGGACCAGACACGACAUGCGAAAUUGUCACAGGCAGCAACAGUAUCUGGACGAGGGGCCAGGUGA